AUGUGCCCUUUUUGGCCUUGUCUCCAAGAUGCUUCAUAUCAUUUUUCUUUCAUCCCAGGUAGUGAUCCAAUUCUUCUAGGUGCAGAGACCCUGAGAGGCCUAUAUCCUAUUGAGACUAUUUCCACUGUUGGUAAAAUUUGUGCAGAGGCAGAAAAGGUUUAUAAUCAAGAUGUCUAUUUUAAGAGUGCUGUUAAGUGCGUGGGAGAACCAAUGACUCACUUGGAAUCUAUUGCUUCCUCUGCGGUACGUGCUGCCAUUAAGGUCAAGGCAUCUGUUAUUAUCUGUGGUGUUUGCUAG